CUAAAUUGAGUGAAUUAUUGAAACAUGGGCUGACGAAUGUGGGGAUUACGAAGUUAUGAAUGGACAUAGUAGCGAAUAAAUUACUAAUGUUUGGAGAGGAAGAGCAAGCCGCCGUGCUUCUCAUGCAGCUCUCUCUUAUGGAUUUUGAUGUUGAGGAUGAUCAGAAUCUGGAAUUGAAGAAGAGCAACGACAUACCCAAGAUGGAUCUAGUGAUCUACAACCCCAUCGACAUCUCCAAAAUGGAUUACGGCGAGCUCCGGCGUGGUGAUGGUAAGAGUGAUGAGGAGAUCGAGGGUUCGAGUUGGGUUGCUGCAAGGCUUCCGUUUCUGGACAUGGCGGAGCGGAAGCCAACGUAG